AUGUUGAGAACUACACUAAGACAACAAUUACGCCGACAAAUUAGACUCAACUCAUCGUCAACUUUACCCAGAGAUACGGUGACUGUAAUUCCUACAGUAUAUGAAUUAACAGAGGGAAAGGACAUAACUCCCGAGACUAGCCCGGAUACAUCGUUGAUCAGCUACUUACAAUCAAGACAUUUAAUUGAAUCAUUGACCGAUGACAAACUAUUUACUAUAACCACACGGAACAAUAUCUCAAAGUUCAAACUUUAUUGUGGUGCUGAUCCAACCGCACCAAGUUUACAUUUGGGAAAUUUAUUACCAUUGAUGGUGCUACUACAUUUCAAAAUCAAUGGCAGUGAUGUAUAUGGUUUAGUAGGUGGUGCAACUGGUCAAGUAGGGGACCCCAGUGGAAGAUCUACCGAAAGAACUGCGUUAAACGUAAGUGAAGUUGAGAACAACGUUGGUAAAAUCCAGAAACAAAUCACUACAUUUUUAUCCAAUGGUAUUGAAUAUGCCAAAUCAAGACAAUUCCCCAUGAAUAAAGCCAUUGGUAAAAGCAACAGUGUCAAUAAUGAAACGUGGUGGAAGGAUGUUAAGAUGUUGGAUUUUUUGGCAACUUAUGGUCGUCACAUUAGAGUCAGUGCAAUGUUGGCUCGAGAUUCAAUUCUGUCACGAUUAGAAGGUGGCGGAAUAGGAUUUAAUGAGUUUACUUAUCAAAUUCUACAAGCAUAUGACUUUUACCAUUUGUACAAAGAUGAAAAGGUCAACAUGCAAGUUGGCGGAAACGAUCAAUGGGGCAACAUCACUGCAGGUAUUGACCUCAUUUCACGAUUGAAAAAGCAAGACGAAAAGACUCGUGAAGCAUUUGGUGUAACUGUUCCAUUAUUGACAACACCGUCAGGGGAAAAAUUUGGCAAGUCUGCUGGAAAUGCCGUCUUUAUCGACCCACACUUGACCACGCCAUAUCAGUUGUACCAAUUCUUUAUCAACGUACCGGAUGACAUGGUUAGCAAAUUACUCAAGGUGUUUACGUUAUUACCGUUGAAUGUUAUCGAAGGCGAACUACUCCCCAAACAUCAAAAUGAUCCAGGAUUGCGUAUAGCCCAAAGGGUGUUGGCAAGAGAAGUGGUGGAUUUAGUGCAUGGCGUAGGUGUUGGUGACGAAAUGGCAUACAUUACAGGAUUCUUGUUCCCAACUCCAGACCAACCUUUUAAUGAUCAUGUAAAUGCAGACAAGUUGAUUGAAAAUUUCAAAAGGUCAGGCAUAUUGUACAAGUUUCCGUUAAGUAAAUGUCAUGACAUAAAGUUGAGUACAUUGAUUGCUGAUAUCACUGGUAAGUCUAAGAGUGAAACGAGAAGAUUGAUAAAGUCAGGAGGUGUAUACUUGGGCUUGGACAGAAAUCAAGUGGAAGACCCCGAAGAUGUGGUAUUAUUUGAUAAAGAUCAUCACUUGGUGGAUGGUAAGUUGAUGUUAUUGAGGAUUGGAAAACAAAACUACUACGUUGUUGAAUUUGUAUAG